UUUACGGCUGCAUUUACUAACCUCUUACCUCGUCUAACCUUUCAACAGUUUCAGCAGGCGAUUACAUUCGACGUGCUCUGGCGUUUGACAUAUGCUACUAUCAUCAGAAUGGUCCUGUUGGAGAAUGACGCGUUCUUAGCGGAGUUAACCAAACUCUUUGACAAGUCGCGGCUUUCGGGCGCGGUAUCGCUCACUAUUAAAAGAUUUAAUGGACACAAUAAACCGGUGCCUAGGAAAGGCAGACCUCCUUUACCGACUCCUACAGAGUAUCUUUGCUUAGUUCGAGCAUCGCUUCGUAAUAAAAAAAUCACCACUAUUAUUCAUUCCAAGGAUGUGAACAAAUUCCAACAGGCGUAUUGGAAUCUCUUGAAGACGAAUAUAAGCGGGCUGAAGAAACUGAAGAAAGCGAAAUCGGCAAAACCGAAGGUUCACUGACCCAACGAGGAUUAACUGCAUGACAGUAGUUUAUUUUUUUGUUAUUAAAAUUUUCAUAUUCUGUUUACCACAUAUUUAUCGAUACCUGUCUAUUGUGUAAGCCGACGAGAAAGAAGCGUUUUAUGCAGCAUUUUGUAUAGACUGAUGUACAAAAGAUUAAUAAUACUGUUAUGAAAGUAUACACA